UCCCAAAUUCCAAAAAAGAGAGAGACUAUGUGCCUGGACACCACAGGAAGAUGUUAAAUUCUCUGCAAAAUGGCUCCAGGAAGUACCAAAGGAUUUGUUUAUUUACAUGUUACAUGAUUUCUCGAUUGAGUGCCUGUUGAAAAGACCUGGAUUACAGUUUUCACAGAUGCUAUUUGUGGGUGUUGUUACUGGCCAGGCACUUUUUCCUUCCUGGAAAGCAUGUUCUGCCACCACAGGGACCAAAAAUGAAGUGCUGAACACAAACAGGGAUUUUUCUGGUGCCUACUGGAGUCUGCAAUAAGGCUGUAGGAUUUCCUAGGAGAAAGGUCCUACCAGGGUGAGGUCGCCGGUGGCUGAAGAUGGCAGGCUGUGGACGCCUCAUCCUCCCCAUUCGAGGCCUGCUGCUCUACGCCUUGGCUCUGCGCUUCUGCACCCAGCACCCUCUUGUCAUAGCAGAGUCCGGUGAUACCUCCAACUCCUCUGUGGCCUCCAACUCCUCUGUGGCCCCUGACUCCUGGAUGAAUGAGACGGAACAAACACUGCUCACCUGCCAGAGCUUUCACUGCUCCGGGGAGAGGUGUUACCAGGACGAAGCCUACGCCAAUGAAACGAUGACCUGCCGCAACGACUCUUACUGUGAGCUCUACCGUUUCUCCAGCACAAACUACACAGCCGGGUGCAGCAAUGAGUGCAGCGCAGAGAAUUGCAGGACCAACAGCAGCGUGAGCAUGCAGCAGUGUGCCUUGGACUGCUGCGACUCACCCCUCUGCCUUCAGCUCAAUGCCAGCUCCUACGGUGACCUGCCACCCACCACUACGCCAGCUAUGACAACCACCACCACCACCACCACUGCUCGAGCCCCCGCCCGAAAUGGGAAACUGUGUGCAACGUUCUCCUGUCACGGGGACGGAUGUUUCAAAGGCAAGAAGACUGUUGCUGGAUGCACUGUUGGGCAUGACUUCUGUGAGAUGAAGAAGAUGGGUUUGGAUUAUGUGGCGGGAUGUAGCAAAGCCUGCAAAGCGGCCAAACCAGUCUGUGCCAGUGGAACGAAGGCAGCUUGUUACCAGGAGUGCUGCCCAGCUACCCCAAAAGCUAGCUGUCUGAAACUGGAUGGCAAAGUUCACGUCAAUGGUGCUGAGCAGGUGACUCUGGCCCCGCUCUUGAGGCUCAUGGCAUGUGGGAUGGUCUUUCUCCUGAAUUACAGGGUCUCUGCUUCCCUCUGGGAGUAAGCAGCAGUCCCGGUGCUCCACAGCCUGCCCUUGAGCUCAGCAGUACUUGUUAGGAUUCCUGUAGCUCUCUGACUUCAGCCAAGGUUGCUAUCAAAUGCCCUCUUUUAGAUCAGCGUCCCAGGAAGAAGGUGACGCAGAGCCACAGGUGGUCUCUCCUCCCCCUGUGCAGUGCGUCAAUGCCGUGGGGCCUCCCCAGGCCUCUGUGAAAACACCGAUGCGGUGGCUGCAGUUUGCUGGCUGGCUCCAGUCUGUACUCAUGUUGUCCUGUGCAGCGCAGGGAAAGGCAGAACCGGGGAACUCACCGCCCUGGAGAGUACCUGAUGGGAUGAAUUUCAGAGCACACAGCAAAUUAAGGUUUCUCUUGCACUCUGCUUCCAGAAGAGGCUUCAGGCACAUGCUCAGACUGUUUGUGUGUAGGGACUCCUCCUGCUUUUGAGCUGCUCAGUGACUGGUAGGUCCUGACCAUGGGAGGAUGUGGGGCUCCAGGACAGCGUGGAGAGCCAGUGCUCUGCUUCAUACCUCUAGGGGAUUGCAAAAACGACACUGGCUGCCUGCCUAAGCUCCUGCAGAGUGGGGGAGAACCGAGCAGCUGUCCUGUGGGAUGAUCCCCUCUGCGGGAUGACUGUCUCUUUCCACUGUUAAAGAGGCCUUUUCACUCUGCUCAGUCCCAGUUCAAGCCUCCUCUGGGUUACAGGAGGAGAGGACAAAUUUCAGGUGCCCUGGGGCCUUGUGACUAACUGCCUCACUCAUGCUUCUUUGUCAGCAGCAUUUGCACACAAGCCAAUACUGUGCACAAGAGACAUUGAAGGACGUGCUGGAAGCCAGGUCUCUUCCUGUGCCCCUGUGCCUGUGUGGGAAUGUAGGCAGAAAAGACCUGUUAUUAGCAAGCUUAAGCAGAAGUAGUUUUCCCCUUGUCUUUCAAUAGUAGCUGAUGCAGCUGCCCUAAGGGCUGAGGCCCUGCAUGGUGCAAGUGACAGGAUAUAGGUUACUGGCUGGCCUGAACUGUUGCUGAAGCUAUUCCUGAAGCACACGCUAGGAAAUCCUCUUUCCCCUGGGUUUGUUCACGCAGCACGGUAACAUACCUCUGCCACCCUCGCACAGCUAGCAAGGGCCACCACUGCUGCUUCUCUGGCUGGCCCUUGGUGAGAGAACUGAGGUGAGCUCUCCUCUGCGGUGGGGACAGGCUGAGAGCUGCUGGCUCAGCCGGUCUACUUGUCAACUUUGAGUUCAGUACACUUGGCUCAGUAGUUGCCCUGCACAGGACUCUGAUGCUGAUCCCAAAUCCCUCCUACCGUCCCUGAGCCCCGCUCAAACUCCCGCACCUUCCUGGGACUGGAGUCCUGGCUCCUGUUUGGUAUUUUACGUUUCUGUGAACUUUAAACGCUCCUAAUUGAGAUUCUCCGAGUGCGCUCAGAGGAAAGGCACUUAAUCUAUGCAUUAAGGAAGCUACAACAAGGCAUUCUUCCCUGCCAGAAACCUGUAGGCCUCUGUGACUUGCAAGUUAAUUACAGCUUCCGAGAGCUGCUGCAACGUGCCUGCGCUGCUGGGACUGCAGAUGCUGGCAUGACUGACCUCAGGUGUAGGAACAAGGGGAUGUUAAGCCUGUUUAAAAACCUGAAAAAUCUGCCUUGACUGAAGACAGAGGGUUUGCUCUAGUUAAUAAUCGGCUUGCAGUGCAGCCUUCUGGGCAUCCACUUACCAAUUAGUUUAAAACUGCUCUGGUAUUAAAAUACCUCCUGUCUGGACAGGUAAAAUUAAUAACACCAUGUUUCCUCUCCAAAUCUUAGAGAGGAAAAUGGGAUUUCUCUGAAGUGUCACAUGUUUUAGAUGAUCCUGUUUCAUAUCUAUAAUUCUCUACUCCUAAAGGUAGACCAGGGACAUGGGAAUUAGCUUGUAACUGUAAACAAACCAACCCCCUGCCCCCAGCCCACUCCAGUCUGCCUGUUAUUGCAUCGCAUGCAGCUGGUAUGUCGCUUGUGACGCACGACAUUACCAGGCCGAAUUUACCGAUCGUGCACACGCGCACUCUGCUGUCCUCUGCCGCUAUUUUCUCUUCCAAAGAAAAGAUUGUGAAAAAAUCGAAGUAUAAAUAAAA